UGCAUUCACCACGUUCGUAGACAAAUGACAAUGCCGUUUCAUUACAUUGGUCACCCGCGUCAAAGUACAACUAUGGAUUCAUUAUGGAGUGAAAACCAAGCUUGUCUACACUAUCUCCAAGAGAGUAUCACACGUACUCAAGCACCUACAACACUCUGCAGCCACCCUAGGACUCUACUUCACUUGCAUUGGAACUCAAAAAAAACAUAGACAAAGUAAAACACACUUGAACACUUUGAUGGGUCUGCUUACAAACACAGACCCAAAAAAACAAACGCCCAGCCCACAAAGAAAACUUCUUUUCUUUCUUCGAUACACCAAAGAUGGUUGUAAACACAUAACACAUCAAUCAACAGAGAAGUCUUCAGACUUUAUGUCAAAUCGUUUGACUUCACAACAUUUUCCAACUCUCUAAAGCAAAGGGUAAAAGAGUCUUUUUAUGUAUCUAUUAUGGCAUGAUGGAAAAGAUGUAAAGUGGCCCAGAUGAAAAGAAAGGGAGAUUGUCAUGGCAUCCUAGUUGAAUUUCUCAUGAGUGAAUCCUUGAAAUUUAAUAUUUACAUGUCGGUCACGGGGCUUUAAACUGAUGUGCUUCUCUCGCGUCUGGCCUUACUGCUUUUUUGUAUAUGUGAUCUUAAAAUCUUCUCGCCAUUCUAUCUCAUGGCUUCUUCUUCUUCUUCUUCUUCGCUUCGCAACUGGACAUACCACGUCUUCGCGAGCUUUCAUGGAGAAGACGUCCGUAAAACAUUUCUGAGUCAUAUACGCAAACAGUUUAUCUGCAAUGGGAUCACGAUGUUCGAUGAUCAAGGGAUCAAGAGAGGCAAAACCAUUACCCCUGAACUCAUACAAGGGAUUAGAGAAUCGAGGAUCUCGAUCAUCGUACUCUCAAAAAAUUAUGCUUCUUCCAGCUGGUGUUUGGAUGAGCUACUGGAGAUAUUGAAGUGCAGGGAAGAUAUUGGACAAAUAGUGAUGACAGUCUUCUACGGAGUAGAUACAUCUGAUGUGCGGAAACAAACCGGAGAAUUUGGGAUUGCUUUCAACAAAACUUGUGCUGGUAAAACGGAGGAGGAGAGCAGAAGAUGGAGCCAAGCUUUGACCGAUGCUGCCAACAUAGCAGGAGUAGACUUCAAAAACUGCAAAAAUGAGGCGGAAAUGAUUGAGGAGAUUGCAAACCAUGUUUCUAACCAACUGAAUGUGACACCGUCUAAGGAUUUUGAUGGCAUGGUAGGACUAGAGGCUCAUUUGAGAGAAUUGGAGUCUUUGCUAGAUUUAGAUUCAGUUGGAGUUCAAAUGGUUGGAAUCUACGGUCCUGCGGGCAUUGGUAAGAGUACCAUUGCUAGAGCUCUACAUAGUCGACUUUCUAAUAGGUUUCAACAUAAUUGUUUUGUGGACAUCCAAUGGGAAAGCUUCCGCAUUGGUUUUGAUGAUUAUGGUUUGAAGCUGCGUUUACAAGAAAAAUUUCUUUCAAAUAUUUUGGACCUAAGUGGACUGAGGAUAAGCCAUUUAGGUGCCAUAAAAGAACGGCUAUCCAAGCUGAGGGUGCUUAUCAUUCUUGAUGAUGUGAACCAUAUGAAGCAACUAGAGGCGUUGGCAAAUGAAACUACGUGGUUUGGUCCUGGAAGUAGGAUUAUUGUGACAACAGAAAACAAAGAGCUUCUGCAUCAACAUGGUAUCAACAAUACGUACCAUGUGGGGUUUCCAUCUGAUGAAAAAGCGCUCAAGAUCUUAUGUCGAUAUGCUUUCAGGAAAAGCUAUCCACAUAAUGGUUUUAAAAAGCUUGCAUUAAGAGUAACAGAGCUUUGUGGCAACCUUCCAUUGGCUCUCCGUGUGGUUGGUUCAUCAUUACGUGGGAAGAAUGAGGAGGAGUGGGAAGAAGUAAUAUGCAGGCUAGACAGUAUUUUUGAUCAUCAAGAUAUCAAGGAAGUACUAAGAGUUGGUUAUGAGAGUUUACAUGAGAAUGAGCAAUCUCUAUUUCUCCACAUUUCAGUCUUCUUCAACUAUCGAGAUGUUGAUCUUGUGACAGCCAUGUUGGCUGACAAGAACUUGGAUGUCAAAUAUGGGUUGAAAAUCCUAGUAAAUAGAUCUCUCAUAUAUAUAUAUAACCAUGGAGAAAUAGUGAUGCACAAACUACUGCAACAAGUGGGUACAAAAGCGGUUCAAAGAGAAAAACCUUGGAAACGCCGGAUCUUAGUAAAUGCUCAUGAGAUUUGUGAUGUUCUUGAACGUGGCAAAGGUACUAGAGAAGUGUCUGGCAUAUCAUUUGAUACAUCAGGAAUCAACGAAGUCAUUAUAAAAAAGGGAGCUUUUAAAAGAAUGCCCAAUCUUCGAUUCCUCAGAGUUUACAAAAGUAAAGAUGAUGGAAAUGAUGUAGUGUAUAUACCAGAGGAGAUGGAGUUUCCACGUUUUCUAAGGUUAUUAGAUUGGGAGGCAUACCCAAGCAAGAGUCUUCCUGCUAACUUUAAUGCAGAAUCUCUUGUUGAACUCAUAUUGUCAGAUAACCAGCUCGAGAAGCUUUGGGAAGGAUCUCAGCACCUUCCAAAUCUCAAGAAGAUGGAUUUGAGACAUUCCUAUGAUCUAAAGCAACUCCCAGACCUUUCAAAUGCUACAAAUCUCGAGAGCUUGGAUGUGCAUCUUUGCGCGAGUUUGGUAGAGUUUCCUUCCUAUAUUGGAAAUCUUCAUAAACUAGAAGAGUUGAAAAUGGGUUUCUGUAUAAAUCUACAAGUUGUUCCGACUCUCGUCAACUUGGCAUCGCUUGAUUAUCUCGACAUGAAGGGAUGCUCACAGUUGAAAAAAUUUCCAGAUAUUUCCACGAAUAUCAGAGCACUCGUAAUCGCAGACACAAUAUUAGAAGAAUUGCCUAGAUCGAUUAGGCUUUGGUCUCGGCUUCAGUAUCUCAGUAUAUACGGCAGUGUCAAAGAUCCACUUCUCGGUCGCGCAGAUAUUGAGAAAGUUCCAGAUUGGAUCAAAGAUCUUCCUAGAUUACAAUCUCUUCAGAUAUUUGGCUGUCCAAAACUUGCAUCACUGCCAGAGAUCCCUAGCUCACUGAAAACACUAAUAGCAAACACUUGUGAAUCAUUGGAGACCCUUGCAUCUUUCCCUAUUGACUCUCAAGUUACUAGUCUUUUUUUCCCCAACUGCUUCAAAUUGGGUCAAGAAGCACGACAAGUAAUUACUCAGCAAUCAUUGUUGGCAUGCCUACCCGGAAGAACAAUACCUGCGGAGUUCCAUCAUCGAGAUAUAGGAAAUUCCUUGACAUUCCGCCCAGGUUUCUUUGGAUUUAGGAUUUGUGUCGUGGUUUCGCCUAAACCAGCGAUGGGAGAACAUAUUCGUCAUUACUCAAUGUCUCGCAUAUGUAUAAACGGUUGCCCCACUGAUCAACACAUACUUACGGGUCUCCGUGAAAUCCGAGGGGAACAUCUAUGUAUAACUCAAUUUGAUUUGUCUGACGAAGAUCCGGAGAAAGAGAUAUUGUUGGAAAUCAUCACCACACACCAAGAAGUCGACAUUAUUGAAUGUGGUGUCCCGAUCUUGACGGUUGAAACCGACAGAACAAUAAGAAGCUAUGAAUCUAUAUCAGAACAAGUGUCUGCAGACGACGUUGAGAAUAUCUCUGGUGGGAGCAAUGAGUUUGAUGAACUCAGAGUAUAACUUCCCAAAGCCUGACAAGGGAGGCUUUGUUUGAGAAGGUCAAGAA